AUGAAGGCCAUACAAAUUCUUGGGGACGUCUCAUCCCCUAAAGUCAUUAUCAACCACUCAGUGACAAAGCCCACCCCUUGCAACAAUGAAAUCCUCAUCAAAGUCUACGCCGCCGGAAUCACCGGAGACGAGGUUCUCUGGCCCGAACUUUACAGCACCGCGACUCGGAUCCCAGGCCACGAGGUGUCGGGUAUUGUGUCCGCCACCGGCCCCGACUACCAUGGACCACUGGAAGUCGGCCAAGAAGUCUUUGCAUUCAUCGCAGCAGCCCGCGGAGAAGGCCAGGCUGAAUACGCCAUUUGUCUCGCUGACGAAGUCGCAGCGAAGCCGGCAUCUUUGUCUCACGAGGAGGCUGCAGCACUUCCAAUCCCAUUCCUGACAGCAUGCGAGGCAAUUGUCGACCACGGGAACGCCAAGCCUGGCAUGCGAGUACUCAUAACCGGAGCAUCUGGGGCGGUUGGCUCUUUGGCUGUACAGAUUGCCACAAACCUCAAUGGCUGUCAUGUCACUGCCCUGGCCUCAUCCCGACACAACGAUACCCGAAGGAGACUCGGAGCGAGCGGGGUGCUCGAUUACAACAGCCCUGACUGGGAGCACCAGAUACAAGACAUAGAUCUGGUCUUCGAUACCGUGGGCGGAGACAUUCUGACUAAGACCUGGGAGACGGUCAAAAAUGACGGCGCUAUCAUCACGGUCGGCGAUCCGCCACCGCCUUGGGCGUUUGGGGGAGGUGAUGCUGCUGAAUCUGCCAACCUCCCUGGCGUGCGGUACAAGCACUUUAUCGUGUCUCCAAGCUCUGAAAGGCUGGCUAAGUUGUCAGGGAUGCUUGAUGAUGGUUCUAUCAAAGCGCUGGCAGUGAGGUCAUUCCCCGUCGAUGAGGCAGAGCAAGCAUGGGCACACGCCCGACUGAGGAGUCGCGGGCCCAAGGUGGUGGUGAGCUUUGUCUGA